AUGGCAGGAAGCAGGGUGAAUGGAAGGUCGCUUCUGGCCUGGACAUACUAUUGCGGCCGUGCCAACCGCCGCCAUGGGACCAUGCACAACGGUACUGGUGGCCUGCACGCCUGUAAGACAGCCGUCGCUGAGUUCGAAAAGGCUUGCGACCCAGGAAAUGUGAUCGGCAUGCUGGUGGAUGUGGACAAAAGGGUGGUGGCAUUCGAUUUGGAUGGACGCGUGCAGGGCGCCUGUGAAAUCCCCGGUGAAAAGCCCCUCUACGUCAUCACUCAAAUGGACACCCCUUGGGAUCAUGUUGAGUUGCGCAAGCCAUCCUUGGAAGAAGCACCACCCGCCAACCUCGAAGCUCUUACCGGGGCUUUGCUCGAUGCCAGCAAAGGGGAGGCUCUGCAUUGGUGA